UCACUGCAAAUAUCUGACUUAGAAGAAGUCCUUGUCGCCCUCUUCCAUACCAUUACAUUCCACAGAACUUUCCCAACGCUUACCUUCAAAGACGGAGCUGUGAGCUACACAUCCUAUAUUGGUACAGAAGAUGUCGACUGUCGAAAUGUUGACUUGACUUAUGUUCGGGUGGCUUCCAAAGCCGUUCACGAACGCAUUGCCGGCCAAGUUGCACUAUUCUCGAAAGCUCUUCACGAUGAAGCUAAAAAUAGUUCUGAUAAAUCGACAAGAGGAUCUAUUGCGCUGGCCUUUGUUAUAAACCGCAAAGGUAAUUGGGUCCUCGGUUCUGAACCAUCAGCCUGGGAACGUUGGACCGUCAAUAUUGAAGUGCAGCCUCCUUCCAUCGAUAAUGGACACCACCGUCAAAGAUUAUCAUCCCAGCUCAAGGGUGAGAUGCUGUACGUCCUCGACUGCAUCAACACAUCUGAAAGCUACCUGCCUGAGCUCGGAUGUUCACAGACUGACUGUGACCACGUCAUCGACUUUUCCAUGCCUGAGGUCUCUCCAUACAGAUUUGUUCUGUCGUACAUCACCGGAAAAAAACAAUCCCCUCAAGGCAAAACAGCUGGACUACGACGCCUCUGA